AUGCGCUUUAUAAGUAAGGAGCUAUUAUACCUAACUGCAUUUACUGAUAAUUCUCACUUCUUGAAGUGUGAGUGUAUUUCCUAUGGCGUCAUAAUUUUCAACGCUCAACACCUUGCAUGCGUAAUCGGGCAGUCAAGUUCGCCAAUUCACCCUCAGAAUUCCGCAUUCCUAUUCUGCACUUUGCGAUAUUCAUAUUAUAAUUAUUUCUGUAAAUUUUUUGCGCUUUGGAGGUUUCAUUGCUGUAUGGAGCAUCGCAUCCGAAAUUUUCAACAUUGCCCGCAGAAAGAAACCAUGAGCGUC